AUGGCCUCCUUUCCCUUCCGGCCUCCCCUCAUCGGACUGCCCACAACAGCCCCCUCUCCCCUCCCCAAAGACUACUCGCGAAGGCAUCCCCUCGUCGGCCAGCUCAUGACAGCCUCCCUCGUCGGUCCUCCUGUGAUGGCCGCCCCUCCCCUCUCCGACGCUCAAACCCCUCUUCCUCUCCCUAGCCCACCCACGACGGCUGCACUUCCCUCCCUGAUGACCGCCUGUGAUGGCAUCCCUUCAUCGGGCCGCCUGCGAUGGCCGCAACUCCCCUUCAGCCUCCCCUCGCCCGCCCACUUGCAAUGGCUCCCUCUCCCCUCCCCGAUGACUGCCCGCGAAGGCCUCCCCUCUCCAAUAUUCGAACCCCCUCUUCCCCUCCCCGACCCACCUGUGAUGCCUACCCUCCCCUCUUCGACAACUGCCCGUGACGGCCUUCCCUCAUUGGCCCACCAGCGAUGGUUCCCCCUCCCCUCCCCUCCCCAACGACCGCCCGUGACGGCCUCUCCUCAUUGGCCCUCCCUCCCCUCCGACCUCUCCAUGCUGGCCUACCCACGACGGCCCCCUCCCCUCCCCGACGACCACCUGUGA